UAGGACAUUUCCGGGUACUGCAUGUAAUAUAAAUACGCUGGUGUCCUGCACGUUCGUCGGUACAAUAAUCAAAACCAAUGAUUCCUAUAUGUCCAGUAGUGUCCUUCACCUAUGUGCCGGGCCGGCUAGGUGAAGAUGCCAAAAUGGCUACCGGCAAUUACUUUGGAUUUACCCAUGGCGCUGCCGCCCAGUACAGUCAGCAGCCAACUGCCGGGGUAGCCUACACACACCCCACCACAGUGGCCAGUUACACCGUUCAUCAGGCUCCGGUGGCGGCCCACACCGUGGCGGCGGCCUAUGCUCCCUCUGCAGCCACAGUGGCUGUAGCUAGGCCAGCGCCGGUCUCCGUGGCAGCGGCUACUGCUGCAGCUUAUGGAGGAUACCAGCCAGCCCAUACUGCCGCAGACUACGGCUACCCUCAGCGCCAGCAGGAUGUCCCGCCACCACCUCCGCCCGUCACCUCACAAAACUACCAGGUAC